AUGCGGGAAGUUCGAGUCUUGAAAGUCACCCGCGUCUCGUUCUCGCCACUUGACGGCGCCCGUCCGGAACCCGUCAAGCUCUCCUUCGACGUCCAAUGGAUUCGUUUCCCUCCCCUGCAAACGCUGCUGCUGUUCAGCACCGACCGCCCGAUCCCCACCCUCGUCGAAGAGCUCAGAGAGUCCCUCUCCCGGACGCUUUCUCGCUAUUAUGCCCUCGCCGGGAAGUUCACCGCGGUCGACGGCACCGGCGACCUCGUCAUAAGUUUCUCCGGCGACGGAGACGACGGGGUCGAUUUCCUUUGGGCAGAGGCGGAGGGGAUCGAUUUCCAACGGCUGACGGACGACCCGCACAACGAGACGGAGGCGUUCUCGGCUCGUGUGCCGAUAUUAGACGUGAACCAGCUUCCGGCUCCGGUGAUCUCCGCGCAGGUCACGGGUUUUCCUGGGAGAGUGUGGCAAUUGGGUUCUCUAUUCACCACAUGGCGGGCGAUGGUAAGGCCGUAAUGGAGUUGGUUGAUGUGUGGGCGGCGGAGUGCCGGAUGUCUUCCGGCGGAGGGUCACCGAGUCUCCCGAAGCAGCUGCAUGACCGGUCGGUCUAUCUUUAAAUAGCUGAAACCUGCGUCAUGGCCGAUUUCAGCUAUCUGACUCUUUAUUGAAAUUCCACGAUCGGCGUGAGAUGUCACGGAGAACCUUCGUCGUCAAGGUGGAGAGCAUCGCCUCCCUAAAGAACCGGGGCACCGCCACUCACCGGCCCUCGGCGUUCGCCGCCCUCGCCGCCCACAUCUGGCUGAGCGUCGUCAGAGCGAAGGGCAUCCCUUCGGACGACCUGAUCUGUCCUCUCCUUUUCCCAGUCGACUGCCGCCGUCGCCUUGACCCUCUUGUCGAGGACGGCUACUUCGGCAACUGCGUCAAGCCCUGCGUGGCCGUGGCGAAGGCGUCGGAGCUGCUGGCCGACGGCGAUGAGGCCUUUAAGGCGGCCUGCGCAGCGGUGCGGAGAGCCUUCCAGGAGGGCACUAGAGAACCGUUGAGUGACCUUGAGCACUCGACAAUUAAGUUUCCUCCCACGGGUUUCCCAAUCGAGAGACUAGCGAAUGUGUCGGGGUCGCCGAGGUUCCGGAUGUACGAUGCAGAUUUUGGCUGGGGGGGAAGGCCUAGGAGGGUGGAGUUGUUAUCCAUGAACGGGAACGGAAAAAAAGCGGGAAGGGAUGAAGAGGGCGGCGUGCAGCUGUCGGUGUCCAUCUCACGGUUGCGCAUGGAUGCCUUCUCCUCCUCUAUGGAUGGUCUGCAGGUCUGA